AUGUAUACUGAUUUAAACGAACAAAUGGAUUUAAACGUCCCAUUUGAACAAUUUAAACAAGCAGAUGAGUCUGCAUCAUACGAACAACAAAAACGAAAGAGAAAACCUCGACCAAGUGCUUAUGAAAAAAUUAAUCAACAACUACGACAAUUAGAUAAAACGACAAAUAUUUGCUCAAGUGCCAUUGUUUGCAACAGUGCUGUUGAUACAUUUCGUGCGUCUCUCGAUUUAUCCAUACAACCUUUAACAUCGAUUGUUCAUGAAUUAUGUGAGCUGAUUAGUGCUCAGAAUAAAAAAUUAGAUAAAAAUUAUAAUGAACAGUUAACAAAAUUACCUGAAAAACUAACAAAAGCAAUUGACACUGGCAAUCGAUUUCUUAGAUCUACUCAAUCAGCUAUAGGUGCUGGUACGCUAAACCAUCCAGCAACAGCUCGAUCACAACAACAAGAUGAACAAGCACUAUUGUCAAUAAAUGGAUUUGAUCUAAAAACUGUAUCAGUAUCUAAUUCUCUGUCGGGAACUGGACGAAAUAUUGUUCGAAGAAUCUACGGAGAUGAUGGAAGUGGAUAUGAUUUAAAACCAGGUGAAUUCGAAAUUAUACUAGAUGCCAUCGCAUAUCUUCAUCGUAUUCCACUCACCGAUGUUUGGUGUAAAACAAAAUCAAUUCAAGAUUCGUUAAUGCAAAUGAAAUAUGAUCGAUUGAAACAUACGUUAAAGAAAAAAAUAGCGUCGACAUCAGCAAACAAUACUGAAGAUAACGAAGUUGAAAAUCAAACUCGUGAUACAGAAAGUUUGUUUAUUAAUGGUAUCAAUCUUUUAGAUGCUCCUGUUACACAUUCACUAAGUGGAACAGGAAGAAAUAUUCUUAGACAUAUUUAUGGACACGAAGCAUCAGGUUUUGAUAUGAAAGAUGGUGAUCUAGAGUUAAUAUUGAAAGCGAUCGCUUAUUUACAUCACAUAACGAUAGAAGAAGUUUUAACAAUUGAAAAAUCGAUUAAAGAAUCGUUACAACAGAUGAAAUAUGAUAAUAAAAAAUUACAGCGACAAAAAACGUCAAAUAAACGCAAAUCUUCAACCCCAAAUAAAAAAAGACUUAAUUCACAGCAACAAACAACAGUAAAACGAAAAACAGCUAGAAAUAAAAAAAAACGAAACACAACUGAUUGUGAAGAAGAUGAUGAAUAA